CUUCCCCGGCGGCACAGGGCGCCCGGCGCCUCGGAGCGCAGGUUCGCGCCUUCCCCGCCCGCUCGGGCAGUAUGCGGCCGGGCGGCCGAGCCCCAGUCCCGCUCCUCCGGCUCCUCCCGCGGCCCGAGCCGCCCAGCUCUCGGCAGGCGGCAGCGUUGCUCAGCCGGGCGCAGACGGGACCCUCGGCGCGAGACCUCAGCGACUCCUAAGUGGAACGUCGGCGGCCGGCGCUCUCCAGCCCGCGCUCUGCGGGGCGGGCAGAAGGGCAGCGGGGCCGCAGGGUGGGGAGCACCAUGCAGUUGGUACCCUGGGUCGCACUGCUAGCGCUUGUGGUGCGGGGCCCGGCCGGGAUGCGGAGCCUGGACGCCGCGGCCGCCGUGCGCAAGGACAGGCUGCACCCGAGGCAAGCCAAACUACUGGAGACCCUGAGCGAGUAUGAAAUCGCGUCUCCCGUGCGAGUGGGCGCGGGCGGAGAACCUCUUCCCACGGACGUGCACUUCCGAAGAAGGCGGCGGAGCGCGGCCCCGGCCCCGGCCCCGGCCACUGAGCCCCGGCCUGCCUCCGCCUCCCCCUCUGCCUCCACGUCCUCCUCUACCUCCUCGCAGGAGCAUUACCGCCUCUCCGCCUUCGGCCAACACUUUCUGUUUAACCUCACCGCCCAGGCCGGAUUUAUCGCUCCACUGUUCACUGUCACUCUCCUCGGGGCGCCGGGGGUGAACCAGACUAAGUUUUAUUCCGAGGAGGAAACGGAGCUCCAACACUGUUUCUACACUGGCCACGUCAACGCCGAGACGGCGCACACGGCCGUGCUCAGCCUCUGCUCGGGAAUGCUGGGCACAUUCCAGUCCCAUGAUGGAGAUUAUUUUAUUGAACCACUAUUGUCCAUGGAUGAACAAGAGAAGAAAGAGGAGCAAAACAAACCCCACAUUAUUUAUAGGCGCAGCAUCCCUCAGCAGGAGCCCUCAGCAGGAAAGCAUGCCUGUGGCACCUCAGGACAUAGAAGCAGCCGCAGGAAAAACAGGAGGAAAGGCAGCAGGAGGAAGUGGGGAGCGACGAUCCACCCGGCGGGCGACGUGGCAGCCCUGCACAGUGGGUCGGCAGCUGAGCCGCCCGCUGCACUGGGGAACCGGACCGAUGGCCUGAGGGACAGGGGGACACGAAGGAGGACCAAGCGCUUCUUGUCCUACCCCCGCUUUGUGGAGGUGAUGGUGGUGGCGGACAACAAGAUGCUUCUGUACCACGGAGCGAACCUUCAGCACUAUGUUUUGACCUUGAUGGCCAUUGUAGCCUCUAUCUAUAAAGACCCCAGUAUUGGAAAUUUAAUUAAUAUUGUUAUUGUGAACUUAGUUGUGAUUCAUGAUGAACAGGAAGGACCUCCCAUAUCUUUUAAUGCCCAGACAACAUUAAAAAACUUCUGCCAGUGGCAGCAUUCGAAGAACUACCCAGGUGGGAUCCAGCACGAUACUGCUGUGCUCAUUACGAGGCAAGACAUCUGCAGAGCUCACGACAAGUGCGACACCUUAGUAAACCCUUGUUGUUCUUGCCCCCUUCUGAUAGGUCUUGCUGAACUGGGAACCAUUUGUGAUCCCUACAGGAGCUGCUCUAUUAGCGAAGACAGUGGGUUGAGUACAGCUUUUACAAUUGCCCAUGAACUGGGCCAUGUGUUUAACAUGCCUCACGACGACAGCAAUAAGUGUAGAGAAGAGGGCGUGAAGAACACCCAGCACGUCAUGGCGCCGACCCUGACGGUCGACACCAACCCCUGGAUAUGGUCAAAGUGCAGUCGAAAAUACAUCACUGAAUUUUUAGACACUGGAUACGGUGAAUGUUUGCUUAAUGAACCUGAAUCCAGACCCUACUCUCUGCCUUCCCAACUGCCGGGCCUCUUUUACAGCGUGAAUAAACAAUGUGAAUUCAUUUUCGGACCAGGAGCUGAGUUGUGCCCGUACAUGCAGGUGCAGUGUAGACGGCUGUGGUGCAACGUGAAGAGAAAGGAUCAAAGCUGCCAGACGCAGCACACGCCCUGGGCUGACGGGACGGAGUGUGAGCCCGGAAAGCACUGCAAGUUUGGGUUUUGUGUUCCCAAAGAAAUGGAGGGCCCAGCGGUUGACGGAUCCUGGGGAAGCUGGAGUCCCUAUGGCACCUGCUCCAGAACAUGCGGCGGGGGCAUCAAAACGGCCAUUCGCGAGUGCGACCAACCAGAGCCAAGACAUGGUGGGAAAUACUGUGUAGGACGCAGAAUGAAAUUUAAGUCCUGCAGCCUGGAGCCGUGUCUCAAGCAGAAGCAGGACUUCCGGGACGAACAGUGUGCUCACUUUGACGGGAAGCACUUUAACAUCAACGGGCUGCUGCCCACCGUGCGCUGGGUCCCCAAGUACAGCGGAAUCUUGAUGAAGGACCGGUGCAAGUUGUUCUGCAGAGUGGCUGGGAGCACGGCCUACUAUCAGCUCCGGGACAGAGUGGUGGAUGGGACUCCUUGUGGCCAGGAUACGAAUGAUAUCUGUGUCCAAGGCCUUUGCCGGCAAGCUGGAUGCGAUCAUGUUUUAAACUCAAAAGCCCGGCGAGAUAAGUGUGGAGUGUGUGGUGGUGAUAAUUCUUCAUGCAGAACUGUGGCAGGAACCUUUAAUGCCGUGCAUUACGGUUACAAUACCGUGGUCCGAAUUCCAGCUGGUGCUACCAGUAUUGAUGUGCGGCAGCACAGCUUCUCAGGGAAAUCCGAGGAUGACAACUACUUAGCUUUGUCAAGCAGUAAAGGGGAAUUCUUGCUAAACGGGGACUUCGUUGUCACAAUGUCCAAAAAGGAAAUCCGAAUCGGGAAGGCGAUGAUUGAGUACAGCGGCUCUGACAACAUAGUGGAGAGAAUUAACUCCACCGACCGCAUUGACCAAGAGCUUGUGCUUCAGGUGCUGUCAGUGGGGAAGCUAUACAACCCCGAUGUGCGCUACUCGUUCAACGUCCCGAUUGAAGGCAGACUGCAGCAGUUCUACUGGAAUAGCCGUGGGCCCUGGCAGGCCUGCAGCAAGCCCUGCCAAGGGGUGCGGAGACGGAAGCCUGUUUGCACCAGGGAAUCCGACCAGCUUCCUGUCUCUGAUCAGAGAUGUGAUCGGCUGCCCCAGCCAGAGCCCAUCACAGAGGCCUGCGGUACGGACUGUGACCUGAGGUGGCACGUGGGUGGCAGGAGCGAAUGCAGUGCCCAGUGUGGGCUGGGCUACCGCACGCUGGACGUCUACUGUGCCAGGUACAGCAGGCUGGAUGGGAAGACGGAGAAGGUGGACGACAGUUUUUGCAGCAGUCACCCCAAACCAAACAACCAGGAAAAGUGCUCGGGCGAAUGUAACACAGGGGGCUGGCGCUACUCGGCCUGGACUGAAUGUUCUAAAAGCUGUGACGGCGGAAGCCAGAGGAGACGGGCUAUCUGUGUAAACUCCCAAAAUGACGUCCUAGAUGACAACAAAUGCACCCACCAGGAAAAAGUCACCACUCAGAGAUGCAACGAGUUCCCCUGUCCACAGUGGCAGUCUGGAGACUGGUCAGAGUGCUUGGUCACCUGCGGGAAGGGCCACAGGCACCGGCAGGUCUGGUGUCAGUUCGGUGAAGAUCGAGUGAGUGAUAAAAUCUGCGACCCCCAGGCCAAGCCGGCUUCCAUGCAGCCCUGUCAGCAGUCGGAAUGCGCAUCCUGGCAGGCUGGUCCCUGGGGACAGUGCAGUGUCACCUGUGGCCAGGGCUACCAGCUGAGAGCAGUGAAAUGUGUCCUGGGGACCUACAUGGCAGUGGUGGACGACAGUGGCUGCAGUGCAGGCACGAGACCGACCGACACCCAGGACUGUGAAGUGUCGCCUUGUCAGCCUCCCCCGGUGGCCCCGGAAGCCAGAAGCCCCCACGGCGGGCGGAGGACGCAGUGGCGCUUUGGGUCUUGGACAUCAUGCUCAGCCACCUGUGGAAAAGGCACCCGCAUGAGGUACGUCAGCUGCCGGGGCGAGGACGGCUCUGUCGCCGACGAGAGCGCCUGUGCCAGCCUGCCCAGACCCGAGGCCCGGGAGGGCUGCUCGGUGACGCCUUGCGGGCAGUGGAAGGCUUCCGACUGGAGCGCGUGCUCCGUGACGUGUGGCCAAGGGAGGGCAACGCGGCAAGUGGUGUGUGUCAACUACAGUGACCACGUCGUCGGCCAGAGCGAGUGCGACCUGGAUUACAUCCCCGAGACCGACCAGGACUGCUCCAUGGCGCCGUGCCCCCGGUGGGGCCCCGACAGAGGCUGGGCUGCUUCGCACCCUUUCCAAAACGAGGACUUCCGGCCCAGGGGCGCCGGGCCAAGCCGCACCCACGUGCUGAGCGGAAACCAGUGGAGAACGGGCCCCUGGGGAGCGUGUUCCAGCACGUGCGCAGGUGGCUCCCAGCGGCGGGUUGUGGUGUGUCAGGAUGAGAACGGGUACCCGGCGCGGGACUGUGUGGAGAGAAUCAAGCCCGACGAGCAGAGAGCCUGCGAGGCUGGCCCGUGUCCUCAGUGGGUGUCCGGCAGCUGGGGAGAGUGCACGAAGCCUUGUGGGGGAGGCGUGCGGACCAGGCUGGUGGUCUGCCAGCGGGCCAGCGGCCAGCGCUUCCCGGACCUGAGCUGCGACGUCCUGGAGAAGCCCCCCGACCGUGAACAGUGCGGCGCGCACACUUGUCCCGAUGGCACCUGGAGUGCUGGCCCUUGGAGCUCGUGUUCUGUCUCUUGCGGUCGAGGGCAUAAGCAACGAAAUGUUCACUGCAUGGCAAGAGAUGGAAGCCGUUUAGAGAGUGAGCACUGUGGGCACCUUGCUAAGCCGCAUGGGCACAGACGGUGCCGCAGAGGACGGUGCCCCAGAUGGAAGGCUGGCGCGUGGAGUCAGUGCUCUGUGUCCUGCGGCCAGGGUGUACAGCAGCGGCAUGUGGCCUGUCAGGUCGGAACACAGAAAGCAGCCAGAGAGAGCGAGUGCAACUCGGUCACCAGACCAGAGGCGGAGCGUGCCUGCCCAGCCCCGCCGUGCCCCCUGCACACUUGGAGGGCAGAGCAAUGGCAAGAAUGCUCCAAGACCUGUGGCGAGGGCUUCCGGUUCCGCCGGGUGGUGUGCGUGGACGAGAACCAGGGCGAGGUUCACAGAGCGCUUUGCAGCUCCAGCCAGCGGCCCACAGACCGAGAGAGCUGCAGCCGGCAGCCCUGCGAGUACGUCUGGAUCACGGGAGAGUGGUCGGAGUGCUCAGUGACCUGCGGGAAGGGCUACAAACAAAGGCUGGUCUCCUGCAGCGAGAUUUACACCGGGAAGGAGAACUACGAGUACAGCUACCAAACCGCAGUCCACUGCCCAGGCACACAGCCCCCCAGCGCCCAGCCGUGCUACCUGCGGGAAUGUCCUGUCUCGGCCACCUGGAGAGUUGGCAACUGGGGAAGCUGCUCUGUGACUUGUGGUGUCGGAGUGAUGCACAGGUCCGUGCAGUGUCUGACCGACGAGGACCAGCCCAGCCGCAUGUGUCCCGCUGACUCGAAACCAGAAGAACGGAAAACCUGCCACAAUACUUACAACUGUGAGUUGCCCCAGAACUGCAAGGAGGUCAGAGGCCUCAGCGGAGCCAGUGAAGACAGUGAAUAUCUGCUGAUCGUCAGAGGAAAGCUCCUGAAGAUAUUCUGUGCGGGAAUGCAGUCCAGCCACCCCAAAGAAUAUGUGACCCUCGUUCAUGGUGACUCUGAGAAUUUCUCCGAGGUUUACGGGCACAGGUUGCACAACCCAACAGAAUGCCCUUACAAUGGAAGCCGCCGGGAGGACUGCCGGUGCCGGAAGGACUACACGGCCGCAGGGUUUUCCAGCUUCCAGAAAAUCAGGAUCGACCUGAGCAGCAUGCAGAUCAUAACUACCGACUUACAGUUUGCGAGGACCAGUGAAGGACAUCCUGUCCCUUUUGCCACCGCCGGGGACUGCUAUAGUGCUGCCAAGUGUCCACAGGUCUUCACAAAGCUGUUGUACAUCUCUGGGCUAGGAACUUCUCGCUUUGCUUGAGCCUUCCUCAGUCUGAAUCAGGACCGAUGACGCACUCCGAAUCUCAGGCACUGUCUCGGAGGACAGGUGGAUUCGCCCAACCUCAGAGUCUGGUCAGAGACGGACACAUGACUGCUCUUUUAGUGAACUCUCUUCUCCAGCUUUAGAAGAGCAUUGCUAACCAUUUAGAGAGGUGAAAAGGAAGCUCUCAAGGGAGAAACAAUAAACAAAGGACAUAAAGGUAAAAAAGGCCUUUCCUCCUGACCCCAGAAUUGAAAACUUUUGAAGUGCAAGUUUCCUCAGGGCCCAGUGGUUUCAGACUCCCCAUCUCUGGGCUGCAUUUGGAUGGCCACAGGGCUGGCCCUGGCCGCUGGAUGCUCUUGUUCCUCUAAGCACAUCCUUUGGGAAGUUUAGAUAAAUGAAAGAGGAUUUGCAUUCAUUUAGUUUAAUAAUUCAGGAACAAAUGACUGAUUGAUUGCUAAGUAAUGACAAGGAAGUGACUCCUAAGUGGGGAAACCCAAAGCCAGUGAGAAGCUAAUUUGUUUUCCCCAGCCUGUUCUUCAAGCCUGCUGGGUCCCUGACUGUGCCGCAGACCUUUACUGAGCACCAGCUGCACCCAUGAGAAGGUCUGUAGGAAGCAUGGCCCUGUAACUGCUUGGCAGUGGGUGCAGUGUCCUGUGACCCUGCUGGCUGCAGAGAGCAGGGUUUGAGAGUCACUCUCCGCCUCACUGGGCGGCUGAGGGCUGGCGCCGUAGCUUGGGGAUUGAUUUCUCAGUAAGGAUGGGCUCCUGAGAGCUCUCACCUUGCAGACAGCUAGAGGAGGUGUCUGCCACAGCCGCAGCACUCAGUACGAACGCUGGUGCAAGACCAGUGUGCGCCAUUUCCUCGCUCCCAGGAGUGUGCUCGGGUCCCUGGGACACAGCAGUGAGGCGAGGGUGGCCGUAGAGGCUGGGUCACUGCCCGGGUCCACACAGCAGGCGCUCAGGAGAGGCCGGGUUUGAUUCCAAGCCUGCUUGAUGUGUUGGAAUAUGGCAGAUAGGGAUUUCUGACUCCCGAAGUGAGAUUUCUGCAACAUUAACUCUGGUCCAAGCAGAGGACAGGGUCCCUCUUUGGUCCAAGCACACCUUUUACAAACCUCUACGGACCACCCAGGGCAGCGAUGGCGAACCUUUCAGUUUCCAAUGGUACCAACAGCCCACUGGGGCACUCGUGCCAUAGGUUUGCCGUCACUGGCCUAGGGUAUGCAUAACUGAAUUGCUUUCCCUCUUAAAUCUGCACCAGCUCUGAUGCCAAGGACAUGGGGGCAAAGAUGCCCCAGAACGCAGCAGAAAAGCACAGGUGGCCUUUCCUCUGCUUCUAGAGCCCUGAUAAUCAGCCAGGACGUUUGCUGGAAAGGCAGAGUGCUCCCUGGCCAGAACAGGCAGGAGGACUGCCUGCCCUGCACUGGGGCUUGUCACCUUGCCGAGUGCCUCGGAUGUGGGUGCCCUCAGGAGCCGGGGCGCAGUCGGCACAGAUGCCUGGUCAGGGGUCUGGCCCGUGCGUCCCUUCUCCUUCAGAGCAAGUGACACUGGCACCAUGACUGCCGGACGGGAGGGAGGGAGGGAGGAAAGAAGCUCUUUGGCCCCGUGUGGCCCAGAAUUCUGCGUGAGGCAGGAGGGAAGAAGUAAAAGACAGGUAAAGAGGAGGCGAGGAAAGUCUGAAUCUUCACAAUGCACUUGUAAGAAAAACCACGACUUCAGGGUGCAGCCUAGUUUAAAUGUUUUCAUUUUUCUCUCUUCUCCCAAGACACGAUAAGCCUGGUAAAUCCCUUCACCUGCAAAGCGGCCCUUUCCACCUGUAAGGAGACCACCUCUUUUCACUGUAAAAUCCACUUAUCCUCAAGGAAGCAGAUUGUAGUGGGCGGCAGAUCGAUGGACAGUAGGGACCCACACCCUAGCCAGCCCACCCACCGCGGCCGAAGAUGCCCAGCCCCGUGCACAUCCGGGGCCGCGAUCAUAACACGCCUCCUUUCUCUGAGUGCUGGCACACUGAGCGUGUGCUUGAAUUUCUGCCUGAGAAGCCCUCCCAUGUCUCUUAUAACUGGUCCUGAAAAUGCUUUUUCCCUAGGUGAGAGUCAGCAGGUGACAGGCUCCUGCCCCUCUGGGUAGGAGUGACAGCCAGACAGUGUGACAGCCGGGCCCUGAGUCUGAGGAUGUGGGGUCUGGGGCGGCAUGGUGCCACCCCUGUCUGCACACCUGGCUGUGUGUGUGCUGCUGUGGCAGCGUUGUCAGGAAAACUCCCUUCCACAGCUCCUGCUCUGCAGCUGCUGAGUGAGCGCAGGGCCGUCUCAGCCGUGUUCACAGGGCAGGAAGGCUCACUGGGUGGUCCAGGCCCUCAGCACCCUGGGCCAGAUCCACCCGCAGGGUGUCCGUCUGUCCAGCCUGGGACCUGCUGCACAGCACCGUGGUUCCCUACACCGAGGCUGUAGUGUCCCCUUCCCUGCUACCAACAGGACGACCAGAAACGCCCCAGACCCUGCCGCCUUGCCCCGAAGGCAGAACC